GCUCCGAACAUCGGGGCCCUGUUCCGCUACGACCAGCACAUCAGUGACUUGGGCCUACCCCCAGGUCUGACCACAGCUCCAGCGCGCUACGCUGCAGAAGCCCCGGAGGAAGGCAGGGGCAGCGACCCAUUCGGCCUCUCGCACUCCGGAGCGACCCUGGACGCGAACACCGCGAGGAUGCUCCACGCCUUGGAAGGG